CUGGGUUCCCUAAUAAUGUUUGGAUUUCAGCUGGUCCUCCCACAGCCUUCCACUGAACACAGAAAGGUACCCCAGAGGAUAAGGGAUCAGAAUGCUGCCCCAGAAGAAGAGAAUGGAGGAAUCCCUGGAGUCUGGGGCAGUUGGGGCCCUUGGUCGGCCUGCUCCAGAAGCUGCAGCGGUGGAGUGAUGGUGCAGAUGCGGCCGUGUCUUCCAGAGUAUUACUAUGACAGGAACUCUCACAAGCCUGGGCAGUACUCAGCUUCAGGGAGGGCACUGGCUCAUCUCCAGCCCCCGACUCAAGAAGACCCUCUGCCUCCUUUCUCUGGUCAUGUCAUCUCUGCCAUCCGUACAUCGGUGCCUCUUCACAGGAAUGAGGAACCCCCACGGGCCACCCAUCUACGGGCUGCCCUCUCCACCGGGAGCCGGAAUGACAGCCACUGGAGCCGAGCAACAUCAAGAGAGGGGCGAUUUUCUCAGUCUCGGAGACGCAGCCCCAAGCCAGAAAGAAGAGGCCGGAAUAAAAACCCCAUUGGACCCGGGAAGUACGGCUAUGGGAAAGUUCCCUAUAUCCUCCCACUGCAGACUGAUACGGGACAGUCGCCGCACAAGCCACGGAGGCAGCGCCAGUCCAUGCAGCCUGCAUCGAACCAACAGGGGGUGGGGGUGGCCCCCACUUUUGUCCAGCUGGCUAGUCCUUCCCAUCACCGUGGAGGUGCAUACCAAGAUGACCACCGGUCUCCUCCCCCCAGGUCUCAGAGUGGGAGCAGCCCUUUCUACCCACAGCCAAUGCCCCACGUACGAGCCUUCCCAGCUCCUGGCCAGAGUUUGUUCCAGGGGACAGAAUGGAGCAGGCAUCUUCCUGGAGCUUCUCAUCCACCAGUCCAAGGGCAGCUGUCCACACAGCAGGCUGCCGCAAUUGUGUGCACUGGAGCCUACAAGCAGUACAGACUCUGCAAUCCUAACGCCUGUCUUGAGAACAGAAACAUCAGGGAGGUGCAGUGUGCAUCGUACAACAACAAGCCUUUUAUGGGCCGUUUCUACGAGUGGGAGCCAUUUGCGGAAGUGAAGGGCAGUCAGAAGUGUGAACUUAACUGCCGAGCAGUGGGCUAUCGAUUCUACGUGAGGCAGGCCGAGAAGGUCAUUGAUGGGACGCCGUGCGAUCACAACGGAACCUCCAUCUGCGUGUCGGGGCAAUGCAAGAGUAUUGGCUGUGAUGAUUAUCUUGGCUCUGACAAGGUGGUGGACAAAUGUGGAAUCUGCGGAGGGGACAACUCAGCUUGCAGAGUGAUUUCGGGGGUCUUCAAGCACACCUUGACCAACCUUGGCUACCACAAAAUAGUAGAAAUUCCAGAGGGGGCCACCAAAAUCAACAUUACAGAGAUGUCAAAGAGCAACAAUUACUUGGCAUUACGGAGUCGGUCAGGGCGUGCUAUUAUCAAUGGAAACUGGGCAAUUGAUCGACCUGGCAGAUACGAGGGAGGAGGAACUAUGUUCAUCUACAAACGACCCAACGAAAUCUCAAGUACUGCUGGGGAAUCCUUUUUAGCAGAUGGCCCAACAAACGAAAUCCUGGAUGUCUAUAUGAUCCAUCAGCAACCCAAUCCAGGUAUACAUUAUGAGUACAUCAUUCCAGGCCCCAACACCAUCAGUUCGCAGGUGCCUCUUCAUAGGCGGCCAGGGGAGCCCUUCAAUGGCCAACUGGAUGGGACAGAGACUGUGAAUUAUGGGGAGGAAGAUUUGCAUCAGGAGACUGGCAGUCACGCGAGACAACCGGUGAUGAUUCAGCCUGGACGAUUUCCUCCCCAUCUUCCAGACAACCAAGUGCCAGCAGGUCAGCCUCCAAGACGCAGCCGGGAACAUAACUGGAAGCAAAUUGGAGCAACUGAAUGCAGCACUACGUGUGGGAAAGGGGCACAAUAUCCCAUCUUCCGCUGUGUACACAGAAAUUCACACGAGGAGGUGGCUGACAGCUACUGUGACAUCAGCUCGAAGCCCACCAUGGAGGAAGAGCCCUGUAACAUCUUCCCUUGCCCAGCCUUCUGGGAUAUAGGAGAAUGGUCAGAAUGCAGUAAAUCCUGUGGUCUGGGAAUGCAGCACCGCCAAGUCCUCUGUCGGCAAAUCUACGCCAACCGCACCUUAACGGUUCAGCUGCACCGAUGCCAACACUUGGAGAAGCCCGAGACGACAAGUACGUGCCAACUGAAGAUCUGCAGUGAAUGGCAAAUUCGGACAGAAUGGACAUCGUGUUCAGUUCCGUGUGGAGUUGGCCAGAGGACCCGAGAUGUAAAAUGCGUGAGCAACCUUGGAGAUGUUGUUGAUGAUGAGGAGUGUAACAUGAAGCUACGGCCAAAUGACAUUGAGAACUGUGAUAUGGGACCCUGCGCCAAGAGCUGGUUUCUUACAGAGUGGAGUGAUCGGUGCUCAGCGGAAUGUGGGCCCGGAGUCCGAACCCGUUCCGUGGUGUGCAUGACCAACCACAUGAGCAGUUUGCCGCUGGAGGGCUGCGGGCACAACCGACCAUCGGAAACCACCCCUUGUGACAACGGACCUUGUCUGGGGAAAGUAGAAUGGUUUGCUGGCAGCUGGAGCCAGUGUUCAAUCGAAUGUGGCAGUGGGACCCAGCAGAGAGAAGUCAUUUGCAUCAGGAAGACGGAGAACAACUUUGACAUGCUGAAUCCCCACGAGUGUUCGUUUCUGCAAAGGCUGCCCAGCCAGCAGACGUGCUACCUCAAGCCUUGUGGUGCUAAGUGGUUUAGUACUGAAUGGAGCCCAUGUUCAAAGUCCUGUGAGGGUGGCUUCAGGAUCCGAGAGGUGCGAUGUCUUUCAGAUGACAUGUCCCCCAGUACCAAAUGUGACCCCCAGCUUAAACCGGAGGAAAAGGAGCCAUGCAACACCCAGGACUGCAUGCCCGAAAUAGAUGAAAACUGCAAGGAUAAAUACUACAACUGCAAUGUGGUGGUUCAAGCCCGCCUCUGUGUCUACACCUAUUACAAGACGGCCUGCUGCGUGUCCUGUCUGAGAGUGGCGAAUCGGCAGUUGGGGUUUUUGGGCAGGAGAUAACAGCCGCGCCAUCCUGGGCUUCAGACCUGUGCCUCACCUCUUGCAAGCUGCUUUCACAACAAUUCUACCUUUUCAGGGGAGGGUUUUUUUCCCCCGUAACGGUGGGCACCUCCAAGUGGGUGAUGGAAGCCCCUCUGGGUGAUAUCGCUGACACACAUUGUAAUAGAAGCUUUGGGGAAACCUAUGCUGUAAAGCUGGGCCUUCAAAGCUUUAGCCAUGAGAAUACACAUUGA